AAAAUUUAUUUGUUUGCAAGAUUAAUUAACUACUUAAAAUAGUUCAAUAAUAAAAAAAUAAAAAUGAAAGAGUAUAUGAAAACAAAAAGAGUAGUAGUAGUAGUAGAAGAAGAAAGAAACAGCAAGAAAAAGAAAAGAGGUUAGAGAAAGCGAAACAAAACAAAACAAAGAGCAUUUCAAAACUUCAAAAACUCUUCACAAAUUUUUCACAGAGAGAGAGGCUUUUAAUUCUUCAACCCUCUCUCUCUCUCUCUGAAACCCUAACUUCGUCUUCCUCAUUCCAUUUUCCGGCAACCAAUCCCAAACUUCCACCGCCGCCGGUAACAAACAGCUUAUGAAUCGCCGCCGCAGAACACUCUGUUUUAUCAAUUUAUCUAAGCUAGGGUUAGGGUUUCAGUUCCAUAACAGAUUCAGAGAUCUCUCUAUCUAUCUCUUAACUCUCAACUAAUUAACCGAAUUUAUUUAUUAUUUUUUUGAUUUUUUUUUUUGAAUUAAAUUAAGCAUCGUAUAACUGCCGCCGAAUCUGGAAACCGUUACCGGAAUACCGGCUACCGGUAAUCGGAUCCAUAUUUGUGAUGGCGAGAGGAGGACAAUGUUUCGAGAAGCUUCGGAGGUGUAUUCGGACGGUUUUUUUCGUCGCGGCAUUGGUUGCGUCGCUUUUAGUGACGUCGUUGCCGGUUGUUGUGGCGGUUAUUGAUGUGAUUGUGCCUUGUGUAUUGAUUUCGAGGUUCACGUGCGUUAGUUGUUAUGGUUUCAAGGAGCAUUUGAGUCGUUACUCUUUUAAGAGUUCGUUGAUGGAUAUUCCUCUUGUUUCGAUUAUAAGAUCCUUCAUCAUUAUCUGUGUUUAUUCAAUUUGUGAUGGUCCUGCUCUCUCACAUGGUCCUUACCUUGGAACAGUGGCUCUGUGUUCCUUUGUUUCGAUUGCUGUCCUUUCAGUCAAAGCUUGUGUUUUCACUGUUAAUUCUCAAAUUGAAGGGGAAGCUUCGGUUUCCCUUGCGAGGAAGAUACUCCAUUUGAAAAAGUCAUGGGGAAUGCCUGUCUUAUUUCUCUCGUCAGUUGUGUUUGCCCUUGGCCAUAUCGUGGUUGCUUAUAGAACCAGCUGCAGAGCAAGGAGAAAGCACCUGUUUCAUCGAGUUGACCCUGAAGCGGCCCUUUCAUGCAAAAGUGUUUUCUCUAGCUAUCAGAAAGCCCCGCGCUCCCCUGUUCCUUCUGGGGGGCGAACCCCAAAAAGUGACACUGAAAUGAAGCGGAGACCCUUUGGAGCAGCUCGUGAUGAAGAAGUGCCAGUUAGAUUACUUGCAGACUCUGACAGCUUAUUCAUCACCUGCCAAGGUCUUACUCUCCAUUACAAAAUAAGCCUGCCCGGGUCACCUCCUUCACUUAGCUUGUCCUCGUCAUCCUUUGUUGAAUCUAGUUCUGUUUGCUACACUUCAUCAAUGUCUGGGGGACUAUCAAAAUUUAAUAGACAAUUGCCAUAUGUGUCUUCGAAAAUCCAGCGACAACUCUACAGGACAUAUAGCAAUCAAUUCCACGACUCCUCUUGUUUAUAUGCUCCUCUUUUAGAUGGUCCAGUAAUGUCUCCCUUUUCGUCCAAAGACAUCCCUGUUUUUCAUCUAGAUGAAAUUUGUGAAGAUGAUGAAACAGUUAAAUCGAAUAUCCUGUCUUUGGAUAAAAAAGUAGAGGGCACUGGCCAAGUGGGUAUUGUUUUAAUACAUGGGUUUGGUGGAGGAGUCUUCUCUUGGCGGCACGUAAUGAAUUCUCUCGCUCGGCAGAGUAAUUGCACAGUUGCUGCAUUUGAUAGGCCUGGUUGGGGAUUGACUUCAAGGUUGCGACGAGAGGACUGGGAGAAAACAGAACUGUCUAAUCCUUAUAAACUUGAAAGUCAGGUUGACCUACUUUUGUCUUUCUGUUCGGAGAUUGGAUUUUCUUCAGUUGUGCUAAUUGGUCACGAUGAUGGAGGGUUGCUUGCUUUGAUGGCCGCACAAAGAGUUCAAAGUUCAAUGAAUUCUUUCAACGUUACAGUGAAAGGGGUUGUAUUGGUAAAUGUUAGCUUGUCUAGGGAAGUAGUUCCUUCCUUUGCCAGAAUCCUGCUGCACACCUCACUUGGAAAGAAGCAUUUGGUUCGGCCACUACUAAGAACAGAAAUCACUCAAGUGAUCAAUCGGCGUUCAUGGUAUGAUGCUACCAAACUGACACAGGAAGUUUUGAAUCUCUAUAAGGCUCCACUAUACGUAGAAGGAUGGGAUGAAGCAGUCCAUGAAAUUGGUAAACUGUCAUCUGAAAACAUCCUUUCCGCAAAAAAUGCAGAAUCAUUGCUACAAGAUGUAAAAGAGAUUUCGUUGUUGGUCGUAGCUGGUGUUGAAGAUUCACUAGUUUCUCUGAAAUCUAGUCAAGUGAUGGCAUCAAAAUUUGUGAAUUCUAGACUGGUUGCAAUCUCAGGAUGUGGCCAUCUACCUCAUGAAGAAUGUCCAAAAGCGUUGCUAGAAGCAGUAUUACCCUUCAUCGGUAAACUAUGCUCUGUAUAUAACUCGCAAAGUCAGUAGAUUAUCUCUUUCAAAGUUCAUACAUAGGUCAAUCCAUUGUAGGGCACUUUUCCUUUCUCCUUUCAUUCUCUUUAUUUUGUUCGCCUUUUACGCCAUAUUACUAAAAGAGAAAUAGAUUCUCUUGGGUAUUUUUGAUAUGCCAGUUUUAUUUUAACCUUUUUUUUUUCCCUUCUUUUUUAGAUGUAAUAGUUGAGCUGCUUAUCUCUUCCCACUAAAAGAAAGUGGGAAGUAGAUGUCAUAAUUUGUAAAGUUAUCAUGAGAUUGGUAAUGAAUAUAAUUUAGUACGGUUGGUUCUUAAUGCAACACUUGAUUUUUUUA